AUGAGCAUCGUUCUCUCCAGGGACAGCCAGGUGAGGGUGAUGGAGGACACGGUGACCAACGCCGAGAAGCACUUGGGCCAGUUCUGCUCGAUGCUGGCUGCCUACGCCCGCAAGACGGCCCAGGUGCGGGACAAGGCCGACCGGCUGGUCAAACAGCUCAUCGACUUCGCCAACACCGAGCACCCCGAGAUGCGGGCCACCUUGAGGAGCUUCGCCGAGGACCUGGCCAAAGUCCAGGAUUACCGGCAGGCCGAGGUCGAGAGGCUGGAGACCAAGGUCAUCAGCCCCCUGAAACUCUACGGGGCCCACAUCAAGCAAACGCGGGCCGAGAUCAAGAAGCUAAAGCAAGUCCAGAAAAACGAGAUCAAGCAACUGGCAAAGCUGGGGAAACUGAGGCAGAAGUCACCAUCGGAUCGGCUAACCAUUAGCCAGGCAGAGACCAGCGUGCAGAGGGCCUCGGCGGAUGCCAGCCACACCACCCACCAGCUGGGGGAGAUGAUUGAAGCCUUCCAGAAGCGGAAGCUGAUGGAUCUUCAGAAAAUUUUUUCAGACUUUGUCACUAUUGAGAUGGUCUUACAUGCCAAAGCGGUGGAGGUAUAUUCCAGCGCCUUCCAGACCCUGGAGAACUACGACCCGGAGAGAGACCUUGAGGAUUUUCGAGCCAAGAUGCACGGGCUCUACGGACAUUGCGAUGCUCGGCCACUCACGGACACCGUCUCCUCCCCGGCUGUCCCAUGGUCUCUCACUGGCCAGAGCGCUCAGACCGCCCUACGGGGCGAGAGAAGAGAAGACGAGGAGACUAUGGAAGCCUCUGCCAAGGAAGACCUCAGAGGACGGGGGCGGGCGCUCCAUCAAUAG